UGAAACUGCUAUCAGAUAAGUUGCAUAAAAAGUUAAAACCAUUCCUUUCAUUGAUGUUAUCCCGAAAAUGUGUUAUACGAAUAUAAUUUUGGUUUUCGUGAUAACUGAUUAUAUAAUUUCUUCUUCAAUUAUUGGGAUAUCAGUCGCAAUUGGGCAAGGAGGAAACGACGAUGUUUAUCAUUCUGGAGACUCUGUAUCAACUCUACAGCCCACGUUAAAAGAUGAGACGCAAGUGAGGCUUGUAGAUGGGCACACUAAUAACGAAGGUCGUGUCGAGGUGUACGCGAAUGGACACUGGGGAACAAUAUGUGAUACUUCCUUCGACACAAAUGACGCAUUGGUUGUGUGUAAAAUGCUGAAAUUAAAUAAAACUGAUGCCAUUGUACGAACGAGUGCUUAUUAUGGAGAAGGCAAUGGUCCAAUCUGGUUAGACGAUGUUCGCUGCGUUGGAAUUGAAUCAAACAUUAAAGAUUGUGGUCAUAGAGGAUUGGGGGUACAUAACUGCGAUCACGAUAACGAUGUAGGGGUCAUGUGUGUGACAGAUACAGGGCAAGCGAUAGUGCGGCUUGUUGAUGGACAGACUGCUUUUGAAGGUCGUGUUGAAAUUUUCAAGUAUGGACGCUGGGGAACAGUAUGCGAUGAUUUCUUCAACUCGAAUAAUGCUUUGGUUGUGUGCAAUAUGCUAAAUAUGACUGUAACUGAUCCAAUUGUAAAAACGGGAGGUUUUUAUGGAGAAGGCAAUGAUCCGAUCUGGCUGGAUGAUGUUGUCUGUCUUGGAAAUGAAUCAAAUAUUGAAGAUUGUGGUCAUAGUGGAUUUGGGAAUAGCAACUGUGACCACUAUGAGGAUGUAGGAGUUAUCUGUGCGUCAGAUUCAGCGCAAGCGCAAGUGCGACUUGUAGAUGGACUGACUAAUUCUGAAGGUCGGGUAGAAGUUUAUAAGUAUGGACUCUGGGGAACAGUAUGCAGAGACGACUUCGAAUCAAAUGAUGCAUUGGUUGUAUGCAAUAUGCUAAAUAUUACUGUACAAGAUACCAUUGUAUUAACGGGAGGAUAUUAUAAAGAAGGCAAGGGUCCGAUCUUGCUAGACGAUGUUCAUUGUCUUGGAAAUGAAUCAAACAUCGAAGACUGUGCUCAUGGAGGAUGGGGUCAUCACAACUGCCUUCACAAUGAGGAUGUAGGAGUUAUGUGUUUGGAAGAUUCAGGACAAGCGAAAGUGCGACUUGUUGAUGGACUUACUAAUUUUGAAGGCCGUGUUGAAGUUUACAAAUAUGAACGCUGGGGAACAGUAUGCAGUGACUUCUUCGACUCAAAUGGUGCAAGGGUUUUAUGCAAAAUGCUGAAUAUGAAUGUAACUGAUGGCAUUGUAAAAGCGGGAGCCUAUUAUGGACAAGGCAAUGGUCAAAUCUGGCUAGACGAUGUUAAUUGCCUUGGAAAUGAAUCAAACAUCGAAGACUGUGCUCAUGGAGGAUGGGGUCAUCACAACUGCCUUCACAAUAAGGAUGUAGGAGUUAUGUGUGUGACAGAUUCAGGGCAAGCGGAAGUGCGGCUUGUUGAUGGACCGACGUAUCUUGAAGGCCGUGUUGAAGUUUACAAGUAUGGACACUGGGGAACAGUAUGCAGAAACGAUUUUGACUCAAAUGAUGCAUUGGUUGUAUGCAAUAUGCUCAAUAUUACUAUAGAUGAUGCUACUGUAAAAAUGGGAAGUCAUUACGGAAAAGGCAUUGGUCCAAUCUGGCUAGACGAUGUUCAUUGCGUUGGAAAUGAAUCAAACAUUGAAGACUGUGCUCAUAGGGGAUGGGGCCAUCACAACUGCCUUCAUAAUGAGGAUGUAGGAGUUCAGUGUGUGACAGGAAAAAUUUCAAGGUCAUGCGCCGCAUCCAUCGAACAAGACAGAGAAUGGCCAGCAGUUCUUGACGGACAGAUAUCUCUAAAGGGAUGCGGUGAGGGGUACCGAGGCGAUGUUUAUCGUCGUUGUCAAAAUGGCAAUUAUUUGAGCCCCGUUAACAAUUGUACAAAGAUCGCCAUACAGGAUCUACACGUUCAGGUGUUUAAUGGUUCCCUGAAUUCCACAGAGGCUUUGUCGAGGCUAAAACAGGAAACAAAUAUCUUGACGACAGAUAGUAAGCACUUGCCAACAGCGGGCGAUCUACAGAAUGUAAACCAAAUCCUUGAUAAAGUCAUUGACGACAUCGAAAUCAAUUCUGUCACAAUCGUGAACGACACUGACAGUUUCUUCGAAGUUGCGAAUAAUUUAUUGGAUGGAAAUUCGACAUCGUCAUGGAAAAGUUUGAUUAAUGACAAGGGAGUUGGUGCCGACUCGGUAAUAAAUACAAUCGACCGGUUUAUUACGAAAGUUGUGAACACGUCUGUUACGGUUUUGAACAAGACUUUCGAAAAGCCAAACUUGUUGAUAGAAAUUGGAGAAGUAGACAGGUGUGACAAUAUAAUGUUUCCGUCUACUGCCGCUAACACUAAACAAGCCAAGGACAGCAUGGGUGAUCAGAUCGUCGUUGGCUGUGGAACAGAGAUUGGAAAAAAAGUAUUUAGCGGCAGCUUGUUUAAAAACAUGUCGGGAAUGUUGCCUUCAACUACCGAUAUCGACUCGUUAGACAGUUCAAUCAACGGGCCGGUUUUGGCCUUUAGUUUUUACGGACAUGAACUCAGAAAAGAGGACGUCAUGCUAACCUUCCAUGUCUUUGAUAAAAAAUUAAGGAAGCCUGCAUGUUCCUUUUGGGACACAAAUCAAAGCGAGAAAGGCCACUGGUCCACAAACGGAUGCACUUUGAAACACUUUGACACCAAAAAGAGAACCGUGUCCUGUCAUUGUGACCACCUUACAAACUUUGCUGUUCUUAUGAGCCCUGCCAUUACCACUGAGACGGAAACUAUUCAUCAUCGCCGCCUUGGAGUUUUAUCAAUCGUGGGAUGCAGUAUAUCUAUAAUUGGUUUGGUUCUUACCAUUACAACCUAUGUGUGCUUCUGGAGGGCUGUACGUUCGAAUAGGUCAGUUUUGCUUCUCAACCUGUGUACGGUUCUAGUUCUGGCUUACGUCCUGUUUCUUGCAGGAGUGAACUUCACUUCGCAUCAUGCCGUGUGCACGUCCAUUGCUGUUCUUCUCCAUUACAUAUUUUUGGCUGCCUUUUUCUUGAUGCUAUCGGAAGGAUGUAUUAUUGCACAAAUGGUGCUCAGACCCCUUGACAAAAGGAACAUUUUAAAAAUAUUGCUUGGAAUUUCUUACGAACUUCCCCUGGUCGUUGUGGUCAUUUCUGCUACAUUAUCUAAACUGAAAGGUUAUGGAAAUGAGAAAUUCUGUUGGCUUAGCAUUGACUCGGGACUUUUCUGGGCUUUUGCAGGACCGGCAUUGACAAUUAUUUUUACGAACACCAUCAUCACGGUCGCUGUCAUCAAAAGGUUGUUUGGGACUUCCGCUAUGUCAAAACGAGGAGAUGCUGACAAGAUCAAGACCGGGCUACGGAGCGUGUGUAUCUUGUUGCCAGUGUUCGGGAUCACGUGGCUGUUCGGAGUGUUUGCUGUCAACAAAGAUACUGUCGUUUUCCAGUACCUCUUUGUCAUUUUCAACAGUAUUCAGGGGGUCCUUAUCUUCAUCGUUCAGUGCAUAAUGGAUCGGAAGGUGCAGGAGGCGUUCAGAGCAAGGCGACCCAGAUGGCUUGCACCAGAGGUAUCGACCACUGCAAUCGAAAUGAAAACGAAAUCCUCGGCUGUAGGAAAAUCAAGCGUGAUGUCCAACGAAUCAACUGCAUAACUGACGAAUAUGCAGUCUACAUGUAUGUCGAAAAAGUCGAAUCUGAAAAUGUUAUAGUUGACAUUAUACAUUUGUCCAUCAAUUGAUCAGAAGAUCGGUCCGUCUGGGGUUAGAAACCUCACACAUGAAUGAGCCUCACUUGAAUGAUCCUUUAAUUGAAAUAUACAUCCUCUUAAAUCAAUAAAGGUUGCUUCAAUAAGAACACUUUUUUUAACGAAUUCAAACAAACAUUAAGUUAAGUAUUAGUUAAAUGCUUCCUUUUUACUGAUUUGGUUAAUAAUUAAAAAAUUACAGGUCACGAUUUGACUUGAUUUUGUUGAGUAGGUUAUAAUAAGCAUAUUUUUAAUAAAUAAAUGCUUAAGAAAUGUCGAUAAUUAUGGAGCCAAAUGACCGGUUAUUAAUUUGAAUUAUCAUUUAACAUUUUAUCAUAAUACUUCAACUAAUAUUUUUGUAUGCUUAAUUGUUAUAAUCAAUUGUAUGCAAUUGAUUUUUUUUUCUGUACGCCAAGUCAGUACCUAGUCAACAUCUAAGUAUUGCGUAUUUAGUGUCAUUUAUUAUUUCAUUGUCUGAACAUCGUUUGUACCCUAAUCGUUUGCCGAUUACAUUGAUGACUAUAUUUAGAUGUUAUGUUUAUCAUUUUUGGCUUAUUGCUUGUUUGCUACAUGAAUUUUUCAGUCAUGUCCGAGCUACUUUACCAGAGUAUUUGAAGAUUAAAAAGGGAUAAAAAUGAUUUUUUUUCUUUGUCAAAACGAAAACAAGUGCAAUAAAAGUUCAUCAAAGUUUCACUAUUGCAAUGAUUUAUGGUUAGUUUUGUUUCUGUACCAAAACACUUUGUCUUAAGACAUACGUUUUCAUUUAUUUGAUCGAUCUGAAAUCAUUAUUUUGAUAUAAUUCUAUGGCGUGUAGCCAUUCAUUUAAUAAAACAACAAAACUGUGUUCUUAUCAAAAAGAUUAUGUUUAGCAUGUAAAUACGCAUUUAUGUUCCCAAACUAUGUUAAUGAUGAUUUACUUUUAUUUUCUAUGAAAUAUUCGCUUGUUUGUUCAAUAAUAAAAAAAUAAAUUCCAUUCAGGAACUUACAUAGAUUGCGGUAUGAUUUAUUUGCUGAUGUUCUUUUGUACUAUUGUGUCGAGGGCAUCUUUAUGUCCAUUAGAGUUUCACAAUUGUUUACUGGUUCAAACGUAUACCAUUACAUUACCAAUUCUAACUAACACUGUUUUAUUCGUAAAUUGUUUUCUAAAAAUCAGAUCGAUAACGGCACAGGCCACAUAUUUUAAUCGUAUUGCAUUUGCACUAACUCAGAUAAUAUUUCCAAACUAUAUGCUGAUCCCUUUUGGACACUGAUGUAAACAAGUGUUAAAAUGUCUGUGAAUUGGAAUCUGCUUCAUCGGUUGUAAGAUCCGCCCAAUGUGCCAUC